UUCAACACUGCAACUGGCUGAAUCAGCUGCUUGAAUCACAAAAUACCCACAAAUUGUAACAAAAUUUCGUCUCUGAAACGAAAUAAGCAAUAAUUGAAGCCUACCAAGAUGAUUGUCCCACGCCUGGCACUUCCCAUAAGCCUUGCCCUGCAGCGCGUCUCGCGCCGGGUGGCGGAACACCCCCAUAACCUAAGGAUCCUGCAGCGCCACAUGUCCAGCGUGUACUUCCGCAGUGGAGCCAUCAAACCCAAGCCCGAGGAGAUGCCCUUCGGCCUGCUGGCCAUCUUCUGUGCCGUCAUACCGGGACUCUUCGUGGGCGCCACCAUCAGCAAGAACGUGGCCAACUUUCUGGAGGAGAACGAUCUGUUCGUGCCCGCGGAUGACGACGACGACGAGGAUUAAGCAAUCCGGACACUUGACAAUCUCCAUGUGGGAGUGCCUCCUAGUCGGGAUAAAUGUGUUGGCUACGUGUCUUUGUCCCACGCAUAGGAACCCAGCUCUCGGCCAUAUAUUUAUUCAUCCUUUAGCCUCCUUUUUCUACAUACAUAUAAGAAUCCGCGCACCUCUUGCAUUUUUUUGUGUAUUGUGUAUUCUUCAAGUCCCGCUUUGAUAUUUUGGCUUUCUAAAUGUUAACUAUGCUUGUUAAAUACUUGAAUGUACUAGAAUUAAAUAAAGUUUAUUCGACUAUGCUUAAAA